AUGGCGACACCAAAGCGACGCAAAGUAGAAACAUCUGAAGGCUCAAGGCCAAUGAGCGCAUUUGCUUUGAGGCAACAGCUGCUUUCGGCGAGUCCGUCCUUGUCCCCAGCACCUCAAGCCGAGUCUCAGCCAGCUUCUGAGUCCCAGGCGUCAACUCCUACGUCCACACCCAAAGGACGGUCUCCCGCGAAAGGGAGAUCAUCAAAAAGGCUUGCUGCUGCUGAUGAAGAAACGAUCCAGCACACACCCAAGGCAACUUCUGGUGAGGUUGCAUCCACGCCAACAGUACAAGCCUUGGAACCAAAUAGUCCCACCGCAGAUCCUGAUGAGAUCAAUCCGGCGAAGACGGGGCCUCAGCAGUUCUCGACGUUCAGGCCAAGUAAAAGCAAUUCUCGCAGAGUUGCAGGAGGCAUCUUGGAGUUGAGACUUCACGACAGCGAGCGCUUUCUGGUGCUUGGAAGCUAUGGUAUCAGGGUUGUCGAAGGCGAAAUCACCGUAGCAGGAGCUAGUAUCCGACCUUCUGACGGCACCAAAUGGGUUCACGCCCCUCACUGUCACGCGAUCCCUGUACUGCGCUGCUCAGAGGAGACAAGACUUGAGCUUCAUCCUCACCCGCAAGGGGCGAGCCUGCGUAAACUUGAGCGGCUGUCACCUCUCUUCCGAAGUCUGUGGCAUGAGCCCGAGGGCAAACUGAGCAAACGAGGUGCAAAGACGGACACGUACAAAAUUAUUUGUACCUCGGAAGAUGCGCCAAAGCGAGCUCUGAUCCAGGACCUCCGUUCCCACCCCGCCUGGAAUAAGAAACUGGCGGGGCUGACGAAGGCGAAGCCAGACCAGCCAGCUCUUAGCGUGAUGCUAUGCGGUCCAAAAUCCUCCGGCAAAUCCACCUUUGGCCGCAUACUGGGCAACCGGCUGCUCACGGGCGCCGGCCAGCAGACGCGAAACCGGAAAACUCCCGCCUCAGUCGUUGUGAUGGAUCUGGAUCCCGGGCAGCCAGAGUACACUCCGGCAGGCACAAUCGCCUUGGUUCAGGUCAGAGAGCCCAAUUUGAGUCCAUCUUUUGCCCACAUCGCCGCAAAUGAACAGAAUGUGACCAUCAUGAGAUGCCACUCGAUAGCUUCGGUAUCACCUGCGUCAGACCCAGAGCUGUAUCUGGAGUGCGCACUCGAUCUCUUCCAGCGCCAUCAGAACACCUGUAAAGGGCUGCCGUUGAUCGUCAACACGCCCGGCUGGGUUUUAGGAACGGGGCUAGACCUGCUCAGCGAGCUCGUGUCGGCGAUCAAGCCGGCCGAGGUGAUUUACAUGUCCGAAGACGGCCCUAGAGAGACCGUCGAGGGCCUCCAGACAGCAUGCAAAGGAGUGUUCACGCUGCUACCCUCGCAGCAGUCAGAGUUCACUUCCAGAACCGCGGCGCACUUGCGCUCGAUGCAGGCGUUGGCGUAUUUCCAUACCAAGAGAAACCCAUCGAACCAGCUGAUGUGGAACCCUACUCCUCUUUCAUCAUCGCCCCCGUUGAUGGUCAGCUACAAGGGAAAGAACCGCGGUAUUACUGGGAUCGUCAGCUACGAGUAUCAACCGCCGGCAGAUCUUCUCGCGGAGACCAUCAACGGGUCGAUCUUGUGUCUUGUCGAGGCUGAGGACAUCAAGGCGUUUAGUCGCCUGGCUAGAGAGAGUACUGACUCGUCGGCGGUGGCACAUAGUGCUGAUGUGAUGGAUGUUGAUGGUGGCACGCCGGACUUGGAGGCAAUCGUCGCUAGGACACCUGAAGGAAUCCCGUUCAUCCCGAACACCGACGCCCAAACUCUGGAUCCACGGUACUCGCAAACGCUGGGCCAGGUGCUUCUGCGAGGCAUCGAUACAAAGAACGGCGCUCUUCAAAUCAUCACUCCGAUUCCCCUGGAGCGCAUCGAAUUAGCCAAAGCGGCGGGCCACCACUUGUUACUGGUCCACGGCAAGCUCGACUCCCCUGGUUGGGCGUACACAGAAGACCUGUACUUCCAGUCCUUCAACGGCAGUGACAUUGAUAACUCAAAAUACGAUACCGUGGAAGUCAUGGACGAGGACACGGAGAGCGACAAAUCGGACGAGGAGCCUGAGAACCUCGAGCUUGCGGGAGAUGUCAGCGAUACGCCGUGGAUUGAGGUCCUCCAGGGCCACGAGAAGCGCCCCGUGGGGUCACGAGUGUGGAGAGUCCGGCGCGAUCUCGGGCGGGCCGGGCCGGGGGCUGAUUGA